CCACAACACACAUUGGUCAACCUGCUCUCCUAUUUCUUAACCUCUAAAAGUCAUGCAGUCGGUUCUUCGCAUUUCAGGCCGUCGACUGACACGGUCUGCCUUUUCCAGCAGAAAUAUUGCUACAAAGCUGCAAACCGAUCGCAGACUGUCAAGCAUAGCGGCGACAGCCAUUGGAAGCAGCAUCCUGUCACCCAAGCUGAGCAAGGCACGGGUGGUCCCUGAUCUCCCGCGGACACUGUCGUCCGCUGCCCGCGCUUACUCGACGCCCGCAGCGGCCACAUCACGGUCUUCCGCGUCAGAAUUGGUUGACUCUAUUGAUCUGGGCGACAUGAUCCCCAUGGAUCGGAUUCGCAACGUCGGCAUUAUUGCGCACGUCGACCACGGAAAGACCACCCUCGUUGACUGUCUCCUCAAGCAGUCGGGCGCCCUGUCAGGCUCCACUGCCAUGCAGGAGACUCGCGUCAUGGACUCCAACGUCAUAGAAAAAGAGCGCGGAAUCACCAUUCUAUCAAAGGUCACGUCGCUCGUCUACAAGGACCACCGCAUCAACAUUAUUGAUACACCCGGGCAUGCCGACUUUGGCGGUGAGGUUGAGCGUAUCCUGUCCAUGGUCGACAGCGUUGUCUUGGUUGUUGAUGCCACAGAGGGCGCUAUGGCCCAGACCAAGUUUGUGCUAACCAAAGCCCUGUCGCGCGGCCUCAACCCACUUGUAGUGCUCAACAAGGUUGAUCGUCCGACUAGUCGCCCUGACGAGGUCGACUCUGAGCUUCUGGAGCUCUUCAUGGCCCUGGGCGCCUCAGACGAGCAGACCGCAUACGAGAUCUUGUAUGCAUCGGCAAAAGAGGGCUGGUGCACAGACAGCCUUGACAAGGUGGCUGACUUUGUCGCCGCCACAAACAAGGGACAAAAGGCCGAUGGAAACAUGGUUCCGCUUUUUGACGCCAUUGUCGCCCGUGUGCCGCCGCCAACGGGCCAGCGCGAAGCGGCGCCCUUCUCGAUGCUUGUCACGCAGCUCGAGGCCAACCCGUAUCUCGGCAAGUGCGCGCUGGGCCGCAUCACCAGCGGUAUUGUGCGCGUGGGCGACCGUAUCCGCGUUUUGGAGCCCGGCACUAGCGUGGUUAAGGAGGAGGGCAAGGUCACCAAGCUGUUCCUCCGCAGCGGCGUGCAGCAGGUCGAGAUGGCGCAGGCCGGCGCCGGCGAUGUCGUCUCUAUCAGCGGCGUCCCCAGCGUCAGCGUCAACUCGACAAUCGGCGGUCCCGAGAUCACUGAAGCCCUGGAGUUUAUCCCUGUUGAUCCGCCAACUAUCUCUGUGACUUUCUCCGUCAACGACUCGCCCCUGGCCGGCCGGGAGGGCAGCCAAUUGACCUCCGGCAUGAUCCGCGAGCGCCUGCGCCGCGAGGCCGAGACCAACGUCGCUCUUCAAAUUGUUGACGACGGAAAGUCUGAGGCUCUGGAGGUCCGGGGCCGCGGUGAGCUCCAGUUGUCCGUUCUCAUUGAGACCAUGCGCCGCGAGGGCUUUGAGCUUUCUGUAACCCCUCCACGCGUCCUCUUCAAGCGUGAUCCAGAGAAUAAGCGCUCUAUCCUCGAGCCCUUUGAGGAAAUCACCAUUGACGUCGACCACCAGACCUCGGGCAUUGUCAUUGAGAAGCUAACCAAGCGCAAGGGCGAGCUCAAGUCGUUUACAGAUGUUGCUGAUAAGGCGCGCUUGGUCUUCCAUAUCCCGACACGCGGUCUUCUGGGAUACGCCUCGGAGUUCAAGAACGAUACCCACGGUACGGGUGUCAUGAACCACGCGUUCCUGCGCUACGGUGAGUAUGUCGGUGCUUUUGAGAAGACUCGCAAGUCCAGUAUGGUCUGCUUGUCGGCCGGUACCGCCACGUCGUACGCCCUCAACAUGAUCGAGGCGCGUGGCCGCCUGUUUGUCCGCAAUGGCGACGAUGUCUACCCGGGAAUGGUUGUCGGUGAGCUUAGCAAGGAUGGCACUGAUUUGGAGGUCAAUCCAACCAAGGCCAAGCAGCUGACUAAUAUCCGUGCAGCCGGAAAGGACGAAGCCAUCCGCUUGACCCCCGUCAAGUCGUGGACCCUGGAGGAGGCCAUUGCAUACAUUAACCCUGACGAGGCUAUCGAGGUUACGCCCACGCAGAUCCGCCUUCGCAAGCAGAUCAUGGAUCCCACCAAGCGCAAGCAGCUUUCGCGGAAACGUGUGAGUGACAUUGACGAGCUGCUGGACUAGAGAAACAUGCCUAGACUUAACACAUUUUGCACUAUAUUUGACGAGUGUCCGACCCUGUUUUUCAUACAUGUAUAAUGCGUCAAUAUUUUAAAACUGGCUGGUGCCUUCAGAGCCCAUGAUAAUCAAUGCAAUAUAAUGUCAUUCCGUAUACACACUUUCACUCUUUUCCAG